UCGUGUAUUUUGAUUACAAACAUUUUGAAUACAAAACAUUGUUCAAAAUAAAAAAAUACAGUAAAUUGAAUAAAGAAUUAUGAUGACGACGAGUUUAAAAGGAAAAAGAUUAAAAGAAGUAAUAUAUACCCAAAUUCGAAGGUUGACAACAAAUUCACGCGGUCGGAGGAUUGAAGAUGAAGGAGACUGGUUUUAUUCAUCAGAAUGGUGGGACCCCCAUGAUUCUAAUUCACCUGUUUUCCGUUCUUUUUCUGAUAAAGGAAACGGCGUCGUUUCUGUAGUAGCUUCUCCUUCUUCUAGACCAAAUGCAAGUCACUGGUACAAAACUGAAAAUUGGCUUAACCAACGGUAUGCAGAGCUGCAUCCAAGUAGUGAACAAAACUUACGUUUUAGAAUUCUUGGGUAUCAAUGGCGUGCACUUCGUUUUAAUGAUGAUACUCGCCAAAGCACAGUUAAAGUCAUGGCUGCUUAUACGGAAUCGGAUCCUGGAUCUAUAUUCUUAAGGCAGGAACCACAUUGUUUGGCUAUUCCAUAUCUCAAAAGUAUGGUAUCUACUGGAUUGGCUUCCCUCUCAUGUAAUUAUGAUCUUCUAAGCUCUUUAUAUGGCAAGAGAACUUUGAAGGUUUUAUGUAUCGGUCAUGGUGGUGGAAGCAUACCGUUGUUUCUGGCUUCUAGAAUUCCAGGUGCCAUAAUCGACAUCGUAGAAAUCGAUCCCGUAGUUAUUUCUGCUUCAACCCAAGCAAUGGGCUUUCCAUCUUUCUCUAUUAUGAAACAAUCUGGUGAGCGUGCACACUCAAAACCAAAUAUCAUUGAUGAAGUACUGUGGAAAGGCGUUCAUGAGAGGUUACACCUAUAUGAAUCUGAUGCUGAGCAAUUCAUCACAGAGAGUACCGACAUUUAUGACAUGGUUUUUGUAGAUGCCUACGACGGUGAAGAUAUAUUUCCGCACAAGUUGUGGAAUCCAGAUUCCAUUUUUCUCAAAGCCUUGGGCGAACGCCUUCAUCCUAAACAUGGAACAGUAGUGGUGAAUCUUCAUUCUGAUACUGAUAUAAUAGAUGGAUAUGUACCACCAAUGGGUAAUUAUGUUUCCAAAGUAGCCACAGCAUAUCAGAAGGUGUUAUUAGAUGAUAUUGAAAGUACUUAUGGUUCAGCAUUCACUGUUCUCGUUCCUUGGGUUUGUAAUACGUCUCUCGUGGUUUCUAGGGGUUUUAGGAACAGUACACAUGAUAUCAUUUUCAAUGAUCUUAUAUCAAAAUCACUGGAAGUUGAAAAUAUGUUGAACUUGCCAUUCUCUUGUUUACAAUAUGUAAAGACAGGUUUGAUGUUUGUUGAUUAAUUUUGGAUUCUUGAAGUUGGUUUUUCUGCAUGUCCAAAGAUCCAUCCAGCUAUCAUAAUUGUGUUUGACCAUGAGCUUGGAUCUU